GUCCUCUUAAAAGUUCCAAAUGUACACCAGCAACCGGCAGUCGCUCUAAGUUUUAAUCAUGACACUUCGUUACUUGUCAGUGGCUCUUUUGAUAAUACAGUACACAUAAUAAAAAUUCCAGAGAAAUUUAGUAGCGCAGCCUCGACUUCUUUAAGAAAUGAUGUUGCACCAACAAGAAGAUGGUAUCACCAGACAAUUUUAUUUAUCACUAUGCAGAAUCUGGUUUUGGUCAAGGACCACCCGCGCUCACUAUUACUUUGUCAAAACUUGAGAAAUUUGCAGCCAAUACUGUUGUUCGAGAAAAAUGAAAAAUCGUCAAAACCGGAAUGUAAUGUGCAGUUUCUAAAUAAUUCGAAUUUUAGUUUGAUUGGAUAUCGUCCGUUGAAUAAGCAUCGAUAUGUCUAUGGGAUCCUUGGACUUAUACAAUUCGAAAAGGCUGUGGUAACAGAGUGUAAGCCUGUGGGACAAAUUCGCACCGGCGAGUCGGUUAAUCGUAUUUUGGACGUGGAAUUUUAUUCACUUACAAACAAUGCUUGGGAUAGCUGGGUACCUGGAAUGUACGAGGAGGAAGAUAUGCCCGAUCAAUUUCGGCCUACUCACCCAUGUUCUCAUCUUCGAAAGUUACUCUCGAAUAAACAUUUUUAUUUUUCCUCGGAUUUCGAUCUUACUAGGACUCUCCAAAUUAGAAAGCUUGCAUCAGCAAAUGACAAAUAUUCUUUUGAUGAUCGAUUUCUUUGGAAUAAAUAUAUGAUUAGUGGAUUGCUUAGCUAUAGAGCUAAAUUAAAUCGAGAGGAGCAAGCCCAAUUGGAUCAAAGUGGUGCCUUGGUGUUGGUUAUCCAAGGUUAUGUUGGCAGGCAAGAGAUUAGUAUCAAUUCUGAAAAUGUAUCAAUAUCUUUAAUAUCAAAAUUAAGUUGUAAACGUGCAGGUACACGUUUUAACACUCGGGGAAUAGAUGAUGAUGGGAAUGUAGCAAAUUUUGUUGAGACAGAGACUAUAUUAGAUACUAAAAAAUGGUGUUUGUCUUAUACGCAAAUUCGUGGCAGUGUUCCAGUCUUUUGGGAGCAGCAGGGAAUACAAGUAAUUGGCCACAAAGUACAAAUCUCGCGUGGCACUGACGCCACACAACCGGCCGUCGAACGUCACUUUACAGAGCUUGCAAACAGAUACGGUGAACUGAACAUUAUAAAUUUACUUGGUCCAAAAGAAGGAGAAAAAUUACUGGCCGAAGAAUAUCACAAUCAAGUAGAUAUCCUGAAUUCAAGUGGAGCGCAGGUGGUAAUGACCGAUUUUGAUUUUAAUACAAUAUGCAAAAAUGGAAAUUACGACAAAGUAAAAUUAUUGUUACUAAGUAUCAUGGAGAAUUUAGAAAAAUUCGAGUUCUUUGGGCUUGAUACUGAAUCGAAUGUGCCUAUUUUUAAACAAAAAGGCAUUUUUAGAACUAACUGCGUGGAUUGCUUGGAUAGAACAAAUGUAGUUCAGACUAUGAUAUCACGCACAAUUCUUGAACGCUAUCUUCGACAAUUGGAAUUCGCAUCUCGUCAUCAGCUUGAUAUGAUUUUCAAUUUCCAUUCACAUCUAUGGGCUGAAAAUGGCGACAGUCUCUCCAAAAUUUAUGCGGGUACUGGUGCUCUAAAAUCUGAAUUCACUCGAAGCGGGAAAGUUACUUUGGCAGGUGUUCUUGGAGAUGCUAGCAAAUCUGUGAAUAGGUUUUAUAUCAAUAAUUUUCAAGAUAAAUCUAAACAGGAAGUUAUUGACUUUCUGCUCGGGAAACUACUGAAUCAAAGCGUAAUUACUAUUCAUGAUCCGGUGCAUGACCUGGUAUUGAAAAAUUUGAAUAAAAGACGUGAAGAGUAUUCCACAAAAUCUACAAUCGAUGUUUUUGUCGGUACUUAUAAUCUAAACGGACAAUUGCCAUCGAAAAGAGAAUCAAUAGAUAAAUGGCUUUUUGCAUUCCAUCAAGAUUCUUUUAAACAGCCUGAUUUGGUAGUGAUUGGAUUCCAGGAAAUUGUCGAAUUGAAACCCCAACAGAUUGUAUCUGCAGAUCCUGAUAAAUUACGUAUUUGGGAAAAAGAGAUCACAAACUCACUCAAUAACCAUCAACAAUGGUCUACCAAAUAUGUAUCUCUGAGAUCGCGUCAACUUGUUGGUACAGCAUUGUUAAUAUACGCUAAAUCCAGCAUCGUAUCAAAUAUUCGUAAUGUUGAAUGUGUAACGAAAAAAACAGGGCUGGGUGGAAUGGCUGGUAAUAAAGGUGCUGUUGCUAUUCGUAUGGAUUAUCAUGAUACAAGCAUUUGUUUUGUUACCGCCCAUUUUGCUGCAGGACUUUCUAAUUAUGAUGAACGAAAUAGAGAUUAUCAUACAAUUAAUGAUGGUAUUUUGUUUCGCCAAGGUCGCCAUAUUAACAAUCAUGACACUGUGAUCUGGCUAGGAGAUUUCAAUUAUCGGAUUUCAGAGGCGAAUGAAGUGGUCCGUAAUUUUGCCGCGCAAGGAAAUCUACACGCACUAAUAAAAUCGGACCAACUGAUAAAACAACGAAACUUGAUGAAAGUAUUUCAAGAUUACAAAGAAGAGAUUAUCACGUUUUUACCCACUUAUAGAUACGAUAUAUUUAGUGAUAAAUAUGAUACUAGCGAAAAAAGUCGAAUACCAGCUUGGACCGAUCGAAUCUUGUAUCGAGGAAAAAAUAUUACACAAUCUGCAUAUGCUAGAGCUGAAUUGCAAGUUUCUGAUCACAGACCUGUCAUGGCUCUAUUUAGCAUAGAGAUUAUAAAGUACGAUGAAAUAGCCAAAGAAAAAAUCCAGCAAGAAUUGUACAAUGCCAUUCAAUCAUCGUCAUCAUUUGACACUCCGACAAAUGUUUUAAUCGAGGUUGAAGAUACAAAUGGGUCUAAUUUGCCACAACCAAGUUCAGAAUUUUAUCAAUGGUGGAACGAUGAUACUAUAUCUUCUUCGCGAGAUGCAAAUGGACGCGCUACAACAAAUAACAAGCCAAGAAAUGGUUCUACAAAUCCUUUCGAUGAGUUUCUUUCAUCGACAAAUCGUUUUAAUCCAUCUCCGGUUAAUAACCUAAACCCUGAGAAUCCAUUCGAAGUUCUUGAAGACGAGGACCAAGAAGACCGGGAUUUUAAAAUAAACACUGCUACCCUUGUUGAUGUCUCAAUACCGUCAAUAUCUCAGCCAGCAAUAACCAAGGACUCGAUACACAAUAACUGGGUACCACUCACACCAACUAAAGCUGCUUCUACGCUGACUGCAUCCCAAGAAGGCUCUACUAUCACUA